AUGAACGUCGGCGCCCGCAUAUUUGGGGCUCAAUUUGGUAUUUACACAUUUAAAAGCUAUUUACCCAUCAUUGCAGCUGUCAUUGUGGCAGCUGUGGUGGGGGAAAUUGCCCACAACGCCCGCAUGAAGAGGCGCCAGAUUGAAGAGUUUCAGAGGCUGUCUCGGCUGCGCCGCCUGGUCCGCCGACAGCGUAAAAGACGCGACUUGGCGCUUCUUAAGGCUAGGGAAAAGGCCAGAAGAGCAGCAGCAAGAAUGGCAGCUCAUGCACAUCCCCACUAUACAUACGUCGGUCGCACGCAUGGUCACGACGUCUGGCGCCUGACGCCCACCGCCAGCGCAGGCCCAACUCGCCAUCCUCCCCCCAGAAUAGGGGCAACAAUAAGGUACGGUGGAGGUAUGCCUUCAGCUCACUACUUCAAGACAGAUGAAGAGUUAGAUCAAGCGGCUCAGACAAAGGAAAGCGAAGGUGCAGCAUCACCCGCCGCACGCAUGGCUCCUCUGAGGGACAAAACCGGUCUGCAAGUCAUGAGUAGAACAGAAGCAGAGACAAAGAAAGGGGACGCAGCUGAAGUAACAGAUUCAACACCUACGCCACCGGUAGCAGCAGCAACGGAAACAACAUGA